AUGACCUCACUCGACUUGACGGCCAAACCCCCGAAGGACAAGAACGCACGCGUGUGGCUAUUCUUCCUGCUGAAUGGAAUCGGCAUCCUGCUGCCCUGGCAUCUUUUGCUGCUAAUGGCGAUGCCGCAUUUCGUGCUGUCCAAGCUGAAAACGAGUGAUAUGGCCAAAGACUUCAUGUACAAUCUGACGCUGUGGCUGCAAGUGCCCGGGUUGCUGCUGAACAUCUUUUUCAUCCUCCGUCCGGCCAAGCAAGGAAUGGCCUCCCGGAUGGGCUACUCGAUCAUUGCAUCCACAAUCCCGCUGCUCGCCAUCGAUGUGCUCGUGUGGCCGGACACCAAAAAUUGGGCCGACACCUAUUGCUACGUGAUUUUCGCGCUCGCUGCUGCCCUCAAUGCCGCCAAUGGGGUGCACCAAAAUUCGCUAUAUGGAAUGGCCAGCGACUUCCCGUCCAAAUACACAAAUGCCGUGAUCCUGGGCAGCAACUCGUGCGGGCUGAUCGUGUCCGUCUUCGUGGCCGCCGUGGAAUUUGUUCUUCCUGCCGCCCAGCACGGCAAUAUCCAGGCAUUUAUCUGCUUCACCGUGGCCCUGGCCGUGCUCGUCACCUGCUACACCUCGAUCCGAUACGUGAAAAGCAACGUUUUCUGGCAAUACUACUGGCAGUUGGGCAAUGAAUUACGACGUCGGGCUGCCCCCUCAAAGAGCCAAUCGGGCGAACGGUGCAAAGCGCUCGGCGAGGGCUGGUCCCAGUACAUCAACGUGUUCCUCGGUUUCUUCGUCACGCUGGCCAUUUUCCCCUCAGUGAUGUCAGAAGUGAAACUGACGCCGCCGGAUCGGGAAGGCCGUUUUGGUUAUCCGCUAUCAUUCCCGCCAGAAGGCCAAUUCAUCAACGUCUUCACGUUCAAUAUGUUUAAUGGACUCGCCCUGCUUGGCUCUAUUCUCGCUGGGGUUUUUGGGCCCAUCUUCAGCCCCCGGAGCUUCACGGUGGCUACGGGAGCGCGGAUGCUACUGAUCCCCAUCAUCCUCGCGUGCAACUAUCAGCCGGGCGGCUCUGAGGUGCCCCGUGCCCUUCCUGUUCUCAUAUCCAACUAUUGGAUAUAUCUGCCCCUGGCUGCGCUGCUCUCAAUAACUUCCGGUUAUUUCGGCUCCCUGAGCAUGAUGUUCUCCGUCAAGGUUGUCGACCCAUCACGCGCGCAAUUUGCUGGGCAGAUUUCGUCGCUGUUUCUCGGAUUGGGCGUCGUUCUCGGUAUAUGCCUCCGCGCAUAUGCUCCGAUGGACUGUGUUGAUGUCUGC